AUGAACCAGUAUAUUCAUGUAUCGGAGAAUGAAGGCGACGAGCCGAUGGAGCUGCCCAGUGAAGACGAUGGAACGCUUCUGUUGACAACGUUGUCGGCUCAGUUCCCCGGGGCUUGUGGUUUGAAGUACCGAAACCAUGAAACGGGCACUCUUCGAGGAAUUAGAUUGUCCGAUGGACGUUUGUAUCCACCUGAUACCGAUUGGGGAGACUUGGUUUAUAUCGUCGUCUUUCCAAAAGGCGAGAAACCAAAGGAAAAUUCAACUAAUGCCUCUGGGUCAUCACACGCUCUGAGACCACAGAAACGACAGAAGUGUAGUGACCUGAUUGUGCUUGGUCUUCCUUGGAAAAGCAGCGAGGAUGAUCUGAAGAAGUACUUCCAGCAGUUUGGAGAGUUGCUAAUGGUUCAGGUGAAGAAAGACCCUAAAUCAGGACAGUCGAAGGGUUUUGGAUUUGUCCGUUUUGCUGAAUAUGAAGCUCAGGUGAAAUGUAUGGCACAGAGGCAUAUGAUUGAUGGACGGUGGUGUGAUGUGCGGAUACCAAACUCAAAGGAAGGUGUGCAGAAUAUGAUGAACCGCAAGGUGUUUGUGGGCCGAUGCACUGAGGAAAUGACUGCAGACGACCUCAGAAAUUAUUUCAACAAGUUUGGGGAGGUGGUGGACGUGUUUAUACCUAAGCCUUUCCGCGCCUUUGCCUUCGUUAGCUUUGCAGAUUCGGAGACCGCCCAAUCUCUGUGUGGAGAGGACCACAUUAUCAAGGGGGCUAGUGUUCAUAUAAGCAGUGCUGCCCCAAAAGCAAAUGACAAAUUUGACCGGCGGAUGGUACCAAACCAUGGCCAUAUACCAUACCAGGGAUCCUGGGGUCCAGGAAGGGGUGCGAACCCAGGCCACACCAGCAACAAUAUGACUGUGGCGCCAGCACUGGGCAACAUUGGCAUUGGAAACCUGGGACUUGGUGCUCUACAGCUCAAUCAUGCCAUGCUGGCUGCGGCACAGGCAGUUCUCAGCAGUCAGACUGGAUGGGGGCCGCUUGGACUGACCCAUCAGACUGGGGCUGCCACUACCAAUGGAGACCCCAUGGCGGUGGCCACCACUACCGCUGCGCCACAUAGCAUCAGUACCUCAUACGCCCCGGCGCCCAUGGGCACCUCCAACGGGGCGGUGGUGGCCGCCGGCAGCGGGGCUAACAGCAAUUUCCUGGGCUGGGGCAGCCAGACAGCAGAGAUGCCCCCUGUCCCCCACACGGUGGCCACAAGUCAGGUGCCCAGCUGGAGUUCGAUGCCUGCCAAGGCUGGGUCAGGGUGGAACUAG